GCCGCUCGCCAGCGCGGGGGCCGCGGCCGCGAUGGAGCCCGACUCGCUCAUCGAGGACAAGACCAUCGAGCUCAUGUUACCGAAGUGCAUGUUUGGGAUUUGGUUGAAGAAAGCUGGAUACAGUAAGCUGGAGGAAUCUUGGAAGAUGAUUGACUGCUGUCUUUUCUCAGACUAGUCUGAAAGGGAAAAACCCCAUUCAUUCUGGAUUGGUGGAUCUGAAGUACAAACUAUUUUCCAGAACACUUCAGUUAUGGAGGAUCAGAAUGAAGAUGAGUCCCCAAAGAAAAAUACACUCUGGCAGAUAAGCAAUGGAACGUCAUCUGUGAUCGUGUCCAGGAAACGGCCCUCCGAAGGCAACUACGAAAAGGAAAAAGACUUGUGUAUUAAAUAUUUCGACCAGUGGUCUGAAUCAGAUCAGGUUGAAUUUGUGGAGCAUCUUAUUUCACGAAUGUGUCACUACCAGCAUGGUCAUAUUAACUCUUACUUGAAGCCCAUGUUACAGCGGGACUUCAUCACCGCCUUACCAGAGCAAGGCUUAGAUCACAUAGCAGAAAAUAUCCUUUCGUACCUGGAUGCCAGAUCGCUUUGCGCAGCCGAACUGGUGUGUAAGGAAUGGCAGCGGGUGAUCUCCGAAGGAAUGCUCUGGAAGAAGUUGAUCGAGAGAAUGGUACGCACAGACCCGCUAUGGAAGGGACUUUCAGAAAGAAGAGGGUGGGAUCAGUACCUGUUUAAAAACAGACCAACAGACGGCCCGCCUAAUUCAUUUUAUAGGUCAUUAUACCCAAAGAUUAUCCAGGAUAUAGAGACGAUAGAGUCCAACUGGCGAUGUGGACGACACAACUUGCAGAGAAUUCAGUGUCGCUCCGAAAAUAGUAAGGGGGUAUACUGCCUACAAUAUGAUGAUGAAAAGAUUAUCAGUGGCUUAAGGGACAAUUCAAUUAAGAUUUGGGAUAAGACCAGCUUGGAAUGUUUGAAAGUACUAACAGGACACACAGGCUCCGUCCUCUGUCUGCAGUAUGAUGAAAGAGUUAUCGUCACCGGUUCUUCCGACUCGACAGUAAGAGUUUGGGAUGUAAACACAGGAGAAGUUCUGAAUACACUGAUCCACCACAAUGAAGCAGUCCUCCACCUCCGUUUCAGCAACGGCUUAAUGGUGACCUGUUCCAAGGACAGAUCCAUUGCAGUGUGGGACAUGGCAUCGCCUACUGAUAUCACUCUGCGACGCGUGCUGGUUGGCCACCGGGCAGCUGUCAAUGUGGUAGAUUUUGAUGACAAGUAUAUUGUCUCUGCUUCUGGCGACAGGACCAUUAAAGUUUGGAGCACAAGUACCUGUGAAUUUGUUCGUACCCUUAAUGGGCACAAGCGAGGGAUUGCUUGCCUUCAGUACAGAGAUCGACUAGUCGUGAGUGGAUCAUCAGACAAUACCAUUAGGCUAUGGGAUAUUGAAUGUGGGGCCUGUUUAAGGGUUCUCGAAGGCCACGAAGAACUAGUUCGCUGCAUCAGGUUUGAUAACAAGAGGAUUGUAAGCGGUGCCUACGAUGGGAAAAUUAAAGUUUGGGACUUGCAAGCUGCUCUCGACCCUCGCGCUCCGGCAAGCACGUUAUGCUUGCGUACUUUGGUGGAACAUUCAGGACGUGUAUUUCGCCUGCAGUUUGAUGAGUUUCAGAUCAUUAGCAGCUCCCACGAUGACACUAUUCUGAUCUGGGAUUUCCUCAACGUGCCCCCCAGUGCCCAGAAUGAGACCCGCUCUCCAUCCAGAACAUACACUUACAUCUCCAGAUAACAGUCUGCACUUUUACCUGCUUUAGGGUUUCACGGUCAUGAACUACUGGAUAUGUGGCUCUUAUACGCCCACAUGCCUAAAGAUGUCCGUUCGUUCACGUCUAAAUAUCAAGAUGAAAUUGGUUUUAGCUGCUGUGUAGAUGCAAAACGGCACAAAGCUAAAUGAAAAAAGAAACACCAAACGCGCAUCCUGUAUUUCUUCAUCUACUUUGAGAAGUUUGCUACAGUUCAUCAGCGUCAAGUAGACAAGAAACCCAUCCAUCACUGCAAUGCAAAAUCGAAUGCUUCAAACGUAAAUUGUUCAUAUAAACUGGCUUUACCGUCUGUUUCACAGAAGUAAAUCGGAAGUCAAGGAAAGACUUGGCCUAAUUUAUAUUGCUUUGCACUUUUGUCUGACUUUAAAGAUCAGCAUUCUCCAGUGAAAUUUGGGUGCCAAACACAUGCCCAGAAUGUAGAGUGACCUCCCCGAGUCAGCAUUCUCUUUUAGACCGCGCAAGCCCGUUCGAACUCAGAACUUGUCGCCUUAGGAGAGUGUGGGGAAAACCGAAGAUGUUUCCGCAUUGUCUAGUACUAUUUUUGAUGCUCCUUCAUUUCUGCACCAGAAACUGCUCUGACUCUACCGAGGACCCGUCAGUCAGGCUUUUGUUCUCUUGAACUGGUAGGAGAACAUUCACCUUUUCUUUCACCCCUGCUCCCUACUCCACCCGGCCCACGUUUCCCCGAUGUUUGCUCGCGUACUCUCUUUACACGUGUGCUUGCCUCAUAAUUUAAAAAUCCUGUAUAAGCAUGUAGAUAUAAUGUACAUAACAGCAUAGCCGCGAGGCGUGCCGAGUCCGGGGACUCGUGGUCGCUGGACAUUGGAUGCUUUCAGCUAGCCCCGUGACAUUCCCCAUGACCGGCUCCAAAGGGUUAAUAUGAGCUAUCUAGGACUUAAAGUUUUUGGUUGUUUUUUUUUUUUUUAGUAUUCAUAAGUUGUGUUUUUUUUUUUAAAUGGGAACUACAUUUUAAAAUGUACCUUCAAAACUUUUUAAAAAUGGAAAACAUUUCCGUUCUGUAUCUUAGACUCUGUGCUGCAGUAUGUACGAUCGAGGUACCUUUUUAUUUUCAUCCUUUUAUCAGCACAGGUGUCUUCGAAUUAACCUUCCAUAGCAGUCAGUCGGCUGUUUGGUAGGCGGCGGGGGGGAGAAAAACCUGUGAGACAACGAUCAAUUUAUUUAUAUUUGUAACUUUAUCCAGGAUGGAAGUGUGACCGCAUCAGAGGACUCCCAUGAUUAUCAUGCAUAUUUAUGGCUCUAGAAAUCAUCUCUUGUGAUUAGCGUGCUGCCACUCAAGAGCAGUUCUUGGGCUGCGGCAUUAGCAUUUCUCACCUAUGAUUUUUAUUUGCUUUUUAACACAUCUUGCGAGGAAGGCCUGCCUUUAAUAUAAUGUGGAUGCUUACAUUCGUAGCACUCUUCUGUAAGAAAGUAAAAUUCACCAAGAACGUAUCUUGGGGAUUCCCUUGGGUGACUUUAAAUGACUGCAGCUUUCAGUGGGAUGAUUUUUGGUUCCUCAGUUUCAAAACACCCUCAAAUGUGCGUGCAUGUGUGUGUGUGAGAGAGAGAGGGAGAGAGAUUUUUGGUUCUUCAGUUUCAAAACGCCCUUAAAAAUGUGUGUGUGUGUAAAAUAUACAGUUUCCUUAGUUAAUUGUGAGUAAUAUAUUGACCCCGAAGUGUCAGCUGGUAUUCCUGAUUACCUGUAAUUCCCUAAGUUCUUAUCUGACCUUUUUUGAUUUCUUUUUUUAAGCCAGGAAUGUCAGUCACAUUUAAAGGACCAAUCAGUCAUUAUUCAAAUGCAGUGGAACAAGUACAGCCAGCAAUCAUCCCUCUGCCUGUCAUUCUGUUCAAAAUGCUUCCCACCACCCACAAAUGCUACUAAAGUCCUAAUCGUCUUGGCGUGUUUCACCCUUUGCAUCGAGGAAGGUGUCGGGAUCAAUGUGUGUUUUCAAGUUAGGACUCCCUCCUAUAUGUUACUAGCAAUAUUUAUUUCUUAGAGAUGAUCGAACCUCAGAGUGCAAAAGAGCAGCAUCCAUAACCCCAACCGUUUUUGUAAGCUUGACUGUAGUUUGUGAAAGUGGCUUCCCUCCCCCUUUUCACCCUAUAGCUGCAAUAGGAAACUACGGAGAGGGGCUCUUGCGGCCCUGAAGAGAAAGGAAUUGCUUAAAAGAGUGGAGUCCUUUUUUUUUUAAUGCAUGUAUUAAGUGAAGAUUCCUGUUUUUUCCUUGGGAGAUCAUGGUUUUUGAACACGCAGAGAACGUCUCGAUUGUGCUCUUCUUAGAACGCAGCAGCGGACUUGGUAUCGGCAUCCAAGGAGCUCGGACUUCUGGGGUGAAUUGGAUUCCUCCCCGACGGCACUCUGGACCCCGUUUUGCUAACCCUGAUUGAGCAACUGUACAUUACGGCUAUAUUAAUGUUUCAAAGCACUGGGAUAGUUUAAUUCUAACUUGUAAUUAAUUAUGUUUGCCAAUGAUCUGUUUGAAACAAAUUUGUGUAUGGACAGCUUCCCGAACCUGUUAAAUUGUACAGAUAUUGUUCAUGAUCUAAAGCUUUGUACUGUGGAAUGUGCUUAAUAAAAAAAAAAAAGAGUUUGAA